CAAGUUACCUUUCUCCUGCAAGAGAUUCUGUUUGCUGGAGUUGGAGCAACACUGGCAGCACACUGUGACUCCUUCACCCAGCCAAGACAGCUGGAGCCCUGCUUCUCAUUCCUGCAAAAUUCUGAUAUUCUCAGGAGCAGAAGUUCCCAGUGCAGUUACCUUAGAUGCCUCUUUACAACAACCUUCUCAAGUAAUGACAGGAUUCACACUCUAAAGGCUGGGGGAUUCCACUCACUCUCCUGCCUGUAACCAUGCACCUAACUACAAGUGACACUUGUACCCUGAUGAAGUCGUCAGCAGAGUACUUUCUUUAAGCCCACGACUCUUAUGACUACGCAGUGUCGUAGGCAACUUCCUGAAGUGCCUACAGAGCAGCCUGUGAGCACGGCAUGGGUCAGAGCGCCUUAUCACCUUCUCUGUGAAAGCCAGGGGACAGAAAAGAACAGUGAGGAUCCUCCUCUUCAGUCAUCCUUAAGCUGGAACAUUUGAAGCUAAAGGAAACUUCCAAUCCUCCUUGAGAGGACCUGAACAUAUCCAUCGGAUACCAGAUGACCCAGCUCUCAGACAAGCUAUUCAUCAAGAGGAGAGAGGUGUGAAUUAUAUGUAAGUGCACACCAGUGGCUAGAUUCCGUUUCCUGUAUGCUGGGUAGUCUCUGACACAAAAACUGCCUCCACCCACUUCAGAUGUUCCCCCAUCUGAUCAGAAAUGAAAACACCAGCUGGGAAAAUAAAACAAUCAUGGAAGAUCAUGCAGCCUGUUCCGCAUUAGGAAAGGAUAACUCCACUUUUUGCCCAGACAUUCCCUACAAAGAGAGCAAGAUACUCCUAGUUGCUGUUUACAGCAUUGUUUUUGCCAUUGGUCUUCCAGCGAACUGCUUAACUUCCCUGCUCGCACUUGUACAAAUCCGAAGGAAUAAUGCAAUUGCCAUCUACAUUUUCAGUUUAUCAUUGUGUGAUCUGAUGUAUUUAAGUACCUUGCCUCUCUGGAUUGUCUAUGUGCACCAGGACCACAAGUGGACCAUGGGUGAACAGGUUUGCAAAUUAACAGGAUUUGUAUUUUUCUGCAACAUAUACAUCAGCAUUCUGCUUUUAUGCUGUAUUUCUCUGGAUCGUUAUGUGGCAUUGGUGUACGCUCUGGAAUCAAGAGGGAGAAGAGGACGCAAAAAGGCGAUCCUAAUAGUAUGUUUUCUUGUUGCUGUGGUUGCAAUAAUCCACAGUCCAAUAUUUAAGAUGAAGAGUAUACAUAACGAUAACUGCUUUGAGACUUUACCUCUUGACAAAACAUUGGCUUCUUUCGGCUUUGCCAGAUUCCUAUUUGGAUUUGCCAUACCUUUCACAAUUCUCAUUUUCACGAACUACAAAAUUUUCCAAAGAACAAAAACAAGUGACAGCGUGACUUGCCACCAAAAAGCCAAAGUGAAGUAUCUGGCAAUUGCCAUCAUUGUCAUUUUCCUGAUGUGCUUUGCUCCCUACCACGUGGUACUCUUAAUAAGAGCCAUAUACUUCAUGUUUCAUCAGGAUUGCUCGUGUCCAUUUGAAAAAGAUAUAUAUUCAGUUUUUACAGUGUUUCUGUGUUUAUCAACUGCAAAUGGCAUUGCUGACCCAAUCAUCUAUGUGCUGACCAGUGAAAAUGUCAGGAAAGAUUUUUAUAGAAGUCUGAGAAGAUGGAAAUCCAACUCAUCCAGGCUCAACUCAUCCAUUAAUCAUAAGACUGACAGCAGCAAAUUGAAAAUGCAAAAAGAAUCACAGGGAGGAGUAUUAGGGGAAGAAAACAAAGAGAUACCAAGUUCAUCGCACGUUCAGGAGACCUGUGAUAAUAGCAAAGACCCAGAAGGUGGUAGCUAGCAGUUUGUGGCUGCAGCUGGCUACUGACAGCAAAGAAGUUCUCAACGUGAGUUGCAGACUGCGCAGUGCAGCACACAAGUAUUUACACGCUAAUGUUCAAAGGAACGGUUGUUUCUGUUGCAGUACGUGGGCCAGCAACUCCUUGAGAACUCUAUGGGAAUGAUACUUCUUAUUCCUGUCUCUCUCCUUCGAUAAGGUUUGCCCAUCAGUACCAUCUGUGAAAACCUUGCUUUGUGAAGAACAUGUGGAAUAAACUGUGAAAUUUACUUUGACUCAAACUGAAGUCUUAAAAGCUUAUUUUUUUGAACCAGCUCUUUUCUUACAAACUGAAAAUUAGUUCCUUCUUCUGAACUGAACAAAAAGAAACACCCAACCUGGGAGAACAAUGUGAGGACCGUUCUUCUGGUUGAGAUCACUAGCUCUUGAGGAGGUACAUGUUCAGAUUCUCAUGCAUGUAUCCUGUUGUUAAAGUUUGUGGUUAACCAGUGGAAAAUAUAAAAAAUGAGGAAGUCUUUCAAGAGCCUUGAAAAUGUUCCUAAUGCUUCAGUAUGCAGUUUAAUCUACCUUGCACAUACUGAGUAGAGCAAAGGGCAAAAUAGUGUCCUGGUAACACGUACCAACAGUACUUCUGCAGUAUUAGUCAAGAAACAGCACCAAACAGUCCUGAAAUUCUUAAAAAUGUACCCUUCUACUGCUUGAUAUUUUACAGCUAGUAGAUUUUACUUGUUUUGUUGCUAACUCUGGAAUGCACUGAAAUGUUUACAAAAUGUAGACAUUUUCAAGUGGAAUCAGGGACUGUUUUUAUGCCACCUCCAAAUGUUUGUUGAACUUGUGUUUCAUUUCUGACUAUGAUUCCACUUCCCUCUCGGUAUCAAUCUGGAUUUUAGCGUGCAGGAUCUGUACAAGAGUUAAAAGCCUUACUGGCAAGGGUAGCAGCAUGGAGAGCACAGUCCCUUCUCAUGGAUGGGAAGUCCCUCGGAUACACUGGCAGUGCACACUGAGACUGUGCUGGGCAGAUUUCGUUGUUACUGCCUCCAUUUUUGUUGUGUAUAAACUACUGACAGCAGUAUCCCAUGCCUUCAAACCAGAAAUUACAAAAUGAGAAUCAUAUAAAUCUACCACCUGGCGAGAUUUAUCUGAAAACCUUCUUCAUAUCUUUAUGUGACCAAAAUAAAAUAUCACAAAGAUAGUGAACGAAUUGCAUGUUUAUUUCAGUACAAGAUUCUAAAGUGUUCCAUAUUGCCAUUCUGCUUUAUCUGCAAUGUUGUAUUUCAGUAGUGUUUUUAAACUGGCAUUAAUAUCCACAUUUCUGAAUUGAACUAAUGUUAGCCAAGGCUAGUUUAAAUAUUUGUUAAUAUUUUAAAACUGCGGUAGAUAUUUCUGCAUGUUAUAUUCAUUCUUAGACACUUUUGGAAAGAUGCAUUGUGCCCAAACGGCAUUUCCUCAAACUACUGUAUUUAUGACAUAUUUAAUUUUUGUAUUAUUUAAUGAGUCCUCUGACAUCUUCUUAUGAAAUGUUUGUGUCUUCAAAAGGAGUCCGCACAAUACUGAAUGUAAUAGAAGGUUGUUUUUUGGAAAAAUGUGAAAUUGUGUUGUUAUUAACAAAUUGUAGUUUUCCGUUUUCAUGUCCAUCUUAGAGCUUACCUCUCAGAGUGGUAAAAAGGAGAGUACUGAAUAUCUGUAACUUUGCUGAAAAUCAAACUUCCCAUUACUAAGAAAAUCGGCAGCAGGCAUUGGUCAGAACAGCCCCAAGUCAGCCAGGGGGUGUUGAUUAAUCUCUGAAGACAUGUAUGCAAAGUGCCCCAGCCUCAGGAUUUUCAUAGCCUACUUGCAAAACUUUUCAUGAAAAAUGGCAGUGAAUUUGGAAGAAACCAGACAGACAGAUGUCAGACUUCUUGACUGAUUGAAAUGGAUGCAAAUGAGAUAUUCAUGCUGAUGACUUUAGAAAUCUCUCUGAUGCUUUCCAUCUGAGGAAAAGUGAGUGUAUUUAGAUCAAACAAUAUUGGAGCUCAGUGCCAUCGAUGCAGAGGACAGGGAUUAGCAGGGUCUGACACAUCAGUAAUCCUUUUGCCUUGUCUGAUUUACUUGCUUUUCCAAAGUACUGUACCAUUGUGCAUCUUCUCUUAAUGAAAGCCUUUGGAGCAUCUUUGUUCCAAUACACUCUGAAAUAAACCCCUCUGCAAUCUGAUCAAACUUUGAACAUGAGCUACACAAUCCCCAGAGUUCCUUUCCAACGUAACUUAUCUUGUGACAGAACACUGAAGGGAUUACGGGGGCCAAGUGAAGACACCAAGAAACGCUACUUCCCCAUUGUCAGAGCAGCCCAUCAGAUACACUGAGUGUUCCCACACCAUAAACUGAAGCAUGUGAGCUCACUGUUUUGUUACACAGCACACCAUAAAGAAAAGGAAAGAUCUCAACACUGGGAUACUUGCUGGAGACCUAGCAAAAGAAAUUACUCAGGUCAGAACAGAUCUGAAAGGUCAACUGAUUGUGAGGAUCUUUCCAUCAUUUCCUACUGCAAGGAAAACACCAGUGAGUGUGCAGGGACCACUUCGCUGUGACGAAAGAGUUAUCUGCUACAUCAGACUUGCAUUUCUCAGCCCAGCCAUUCCCUCACAUCCUCUUGCUGUCAUCUGAGAUAAUAAAAGAUGAUUUUAUUUCUA